UCAAUAAAUAAAAUUAGUUGCUUCUGAAAAAAUGAAACUUGUUAUUGUCUUUGUAGCUUGUUGCCUUAUUGGCGCAUCUGCUGCUGCAGAUGAAGAGAAUAAAUCCAUUGACUGGCAUCAUAUCCAACCUUUGGGCAUUCACGUAGAGCCCAUUGGACCAGCCCCAGUAUACACUGGAAUCAGAAUCGCUGGCGGAUCCAUUGCCCCUCCCAAUUCUUUCCCUUAUCAGGUGGCCCUAAUCAUCAGUAACGCCGGUUUUUGCGGUGGUUCCAUUAUUAGUAAAGAUUGGGUAUUGACUGCUGCGCAUUGUGUUGAAUCUAAUAAUCCUGUUCAAGUCAUUGCUGGUGCUCAUAAUCCUUCCGCUACCGAACCAUCUCAAGUGAGAAUUGCUGCUGAAUCUUGCGUUGUUCACCCUGGAUGGGACCUUACCCGUCUCGAAAACGACAUUGCAGUUCUCAACGUUCCCAACAUCCCAAUCGGAACUCAGACAAUUGAUAGCAUCAGGUUGGCCCCGUCUAAUUCUGGCUCAUUCGCUGGAGCCAUAGCUGCACUUUCUGGAUGGGGUAAAACCAGUGAUUCAACAAGUAGCCCUGCAAUCGCUUCCGAAUUAAGAAACGUCACGUUGUCAAUUAUCACCAAUCAAGUUUGCCAAAGUUCUUUCGGCUCAUACGUUAGAGAAACAAACAUUUGUACUUCCGGAGCUGGUCCGAAGGGGGCAUGCGAUGGUGACUCUGGCGGUCCGUUGGUAGUUGAUGGUGCAGUAGUUGGAGUAGUUUCUUUUGGUAGCAUGGAUUGCGAGGAUGGAGCUCCUUCCGCAUACGCUAGAGUUUCGUCUUACACAGACUGGAUUCAACAACAUACUGGAAUAUAAUUAAUUGAUACCUAAAUAAAUAAAUUGUAUUUAAAAAAAAUGUCUUCAUGAUACUGAUCUAAUAAAAAC